ACACAGUGUGAAACAGGCACAGCAGAGCAUAAUUUUUAUUGUGGGGUCUAAAUCGGAAGAGGGCAACUUUCAAGAAGCGACAGAUGAAUUCGACGAAUCUAAGACCCCCCAGGCAACACCGGCGGUACCUGUGAACUAGUCAUUAAUUCACAUGCAGUCAAACAAUUCAAGUGAAGAAGUYUCUCAAACCUUGUCUUAGAUGCGUUUCAACUUGAGUUAGGAAAAAAUAUGUAAUGGUCGAUCAACAAAGUACAAAUACUUUGACUAAACAACGCUACUGUUAGGYAUCUAUGGCUACUUAAUAUUACUCACAAGUGAAAGAAAGCAGUGAAAGUCUCAGUGCGGAAAGGUCGUAAUUUGUAUUCAUAGGAUCAUGCUUUCUACUUGCAUUUUGACCAAAAGACGUGUAUUGACUGGACUUUUAAUCUUUGGAACUAUCCUUUACAUASUUUGCGUUAAUUUUGUAUUGAAAAGAAAUGUUUUCCAAAAAACGUUUAAAACUUUUGRUGAGUUGAACGAAAAGGAUGAGAACGUAACUACAUUUAAAGCGAUCGAAAAGGACAGCAMUGAUAACGUCAGUACGUUUGACAAUAAUGCUAAGCUCAAGAAAAACAAGAGACCGCCACAGACCAUGCCACCAUUGAAGAAUGGGUUUCAGCUCGUCUUUCCUCAUAUUGAGCCAAAACUUUCUCCUGAAGAUCAAACCCUUUAUUUAGUUGUAAUGGUGACUGGUUCAGCAAAGGGUGAAGAUCACAGAAUUUUGCGAAAAACAAUCCGUCAAACGUGGGGCGAUACAAAGUUAUUAAAUAUGGACAUGACAAAAAAGUGGAAGAUGUUCUUUUCUCUGGCCAUCAGUGAUAAUCAACAAGAUAAUGAAGCGAACGAGAAAGAAGCAGUCGAAUACAAUGAUGUGAUCAUAGGAAACUUCUCGGAAACAUACCUAAACCUUGUAAGGAAAGUGUUUAUGGGUCAUUAUUGGGUUAUCAAUAGAUUGUCGUGCAGGUAUGUUUUAAAGGCUGAUGACGAUGUUUAUGUACGUGUUCCAAGAUUAAUAUCAUGGCUUGUCAAGUCUGGAUCUCCCAAGUCUUUUUAUGGUGGAUACAUUAGUUURGMAAACGAUGGAUACAAAGGUAUCAUUCGUGACCCUAACAGUCCAUGGUACGUGUCGUACGAAGAGUACAGCGAAACCUAUUACCCACGUUGGUGCCGCGGCCCUUUUUAUGUGAUAUCUASUGAUAAUAUACCUAAAUAUCUCGAUUAUCUUCACAUUAGAAAUCCAUUCAAGACCGAGGACACAUACACUGCUGUAAUAUCUCAUGAACUCGGUAUCAGUGCCACUUUCAUACCUGGUUUUCAAAUUAUUUUUAGCAGACGUAAGUAUUCGUCUUCUGAACUCAACGAGUUCAUGACUCUUGGCCAUAGGUUGCUGGCUAUUGAUCUAAAAAGCUAUUAUGACUAUUAUGUACGGAAUAACUUGACUAAURUGUAGGUACAGCGAGGGUGUAAGCAGUCUUUAAGGCCUACUCCGGGACCCAAAAUCGCUGUAACAUUGGGCGACUUUGUGCGAUUUUAGGCGAAUUUGGMAAAUAAAAGUYUAGUACAUUUUGUGCGACUUUAGGCGAUUUUCAGCGAUUUUGGGCGACUUUAGGUGACUUCCAGCGAUUUAAUGGGCUGAAUGACUCAACUAAGGAGAUAUKAUAGAAUAAAAUACUUUUGCAACAA